AUGGCAACGAUGCUUCAGGAAAGUGAUGGUGCGGACUCCGUUGAAAGACUUAUACUACUUGAUGGAUCUCAUCUUUAUAUGCAAACUUAUCGAAAUGUUUAUCGAAUGGCGUUUGGCGUAACCGGUGAUACACUUGUUAAUAAUCCGCUGUUUGAAUCUGAAAUUAUGUGCGCUAUGACACUGCGCUUUGCAAAUGUCGAUUACAAAAAGUUCCGAGUUGAAUUGCUACAGCAGCCAGGAUUUAGAGCACGAGUUCAGAAGGUUGUAGACACGGUGAUGACGACAGGUCUCUUCAAAUCAGCUGAUACUAUUGACUUCGCAUGCUGUGCGAUGCGUUCCAAGUUCGUUAUGGCUGAUAAGUACAAACCGGAACGAAAAUUUAAAGGAUUAAUAACUCUGAUAAGAGCAGAACAAGGAGCGGCAAGAGAAGAGGAUGUUGGCUCUGACUAUGGCAUUUCACAGGUAUCCGACGAGAACAAGGUGUACAUCGUAGAGGGUGACCACGACAGCUUUGUCCAAGGCAAAACUUCUGCAAAAACGGUAAACAUAAUCAACGACUUGAUUGCGAAAGCGGAUAAGAAAGUUAAAAACGUAUAA